AUGGCAAAUGAUUCCGGACUUUAUUCCGCAACCAGCUGCUCUUCAGGAAAUCAUUCUUCUUAUGAAUCUUCCUUACCACCAGGCUACUCCUUUCUAGCGCGCCUUUUGCGUGAAGACAUUGCCGCUUGUCUCGAGUUCGCCGACGAUCGGCUGCUCGACGCUAUCUACUCGGGCUUGUCGACAGCUUCUCUUGAGCUUGAGCCAAUAAAGUGUGCAUCGGUGCAAAACUUUACACAAAAACCGAUAAUCAAAUCAUUCCUCGGUCCACCUAAAUGUAUGCUUAAUUAA